AUGAACUCGGUCCACAUCAAGCACGGCUCCGUUCGGCAAGGCAAGUACGACGUCUACUGGAGCAAGGACAAUGAGUGGGCCAUUAUCGAUGACGAGGAGGACGAGGAGAACGAGCGCCGGCUGAAGGAGGCCUACCAUCACCACCGCCUCAGCUCGCGAUACCUGACUGCCGGCCUCUUCGUCGUCCUGGUGCCCGCCAUGUGCGGUUUGCUAUGGUGCUGCCGACUGAGACGGCGCAUCUAA